CGCACCUAUCCAUAUCCAUUCAGAUUCCACAGACACCGCAGCAUCACGAGUGAGCUCGGAACUGAGAGUGAGAGAGAGGAAGAAGAGAAGCGACGCUGGAAUGGAGGUGGCGAGAGGGAGCAACGGCGGGAAGCUGAACCCGUGGGCGGAGCCCUUCGUGCCGGGGAGCUGGUGCCGCCCCGUGGAGGUGGUGGCGGAGGUGGAGGACUUCUCCCCCGACUGGUGGCGCCUCGUCGCCGCCUCCCCGUCCUUCCGCGACCGCUGGCUGCGCGACUACGGCGAUCUGGGCCUCCUCGACGCCGACGAGAUGCCCGACGACGGCGACCUCUUCUUCUCCCCUGCGCGGACGAACCUCGAAGGCGCAGUGAUGAAGGAAGAAGCGGCCGUCAAGAAAGCCGGAGGAGCUGAGGUGAUGCCUUGGGGGAUCGAGAAGUGGUGGCGGACGCACGUCACGGUGCCGGAGGUCCCAAAGUACGCGGAGAAGGCGCCUAAGAAGGUCGCCGGCGGCGGCCCCCGGUUCAGCCCCCGGCCUAUCCAGCAGCCUCGCUAGGCGACCAACAUCGACAACGCACUGCAUCCACCCACCUAGCUUGUCAUAAAAAUAGAAAAAAUAGAAAAAACAAAGUGUUUCUGUUUAGCUCUUAUGCUAGUUAGUUUGCUUAAUCAUGUCGUUGUAGUUCUGAACUUCUAGAUCAAGGUCGAUCGAACUGAGAUCCACCGCUGUGUACAUAUGUCUGUAAAUGAUUUGUGCAAUAAGAUGCAGUGUGACUUUCCUUGCAA